AUGGAAGGUGCUACCGCCGACUGGUUCAGCUCAAUCCUCAAGGACAGACAAAAACCUCUUAACCAGCAAACACAACUCACCAAGGAUAUGUUCAAAAGCUACAAAGAAUUUAAAAACCAAUUGGAAAAAUCCUUUAGAAUCACUAACGAAGCUCAAGAAGCCGAAAAGAAGCUUAGGGACCUCAGACAGAAGGGCCCGUGCUACAAACACACUUCAACGUUCAUCCAACUACUCACUAAAGUUAAUUGGACUGAAGAAUCGAAGAAGGAAAUGUACUACUACAGUCUAAAGCCAGAAGUCAAGGAUGAAAUUUACAAGACCGACCAACAGGCCGUCAGUUUCACUAACCUCACUCAGGAAGCGAUCAAAAUCGACAACCGACAGUGGGAAAGAAAACAAGAAAGAAAGGCAGAAAAGACUGGAAACCCAGUCAAACACCACCCUUAA